AANAUUAAAAAAAAAAAAAUGAAAAGAAAAAAUAAACUGAAGGGGAAGAGAUAGGGACAACAACGUUAUUGGCGGUGGGCCCCACAGCACAACCAUAUACUAUCUACCCUGGAUUGUGAAGGCUGCAGCAGUGCACACUAAAAAUUUCCACUGGUCAAACGAACCUCUGUCACUACAUUUCCUCCUCUUUCCGAGCGAUAUUUAAUGCCUUUCAUUUAAUUCGCUUCACUUAUUGUCCCCUUUUUCUUGUUGGGUUCUGUCUACUCUAUUCACAACAGCAGAAAAUAUUCAAGAAAGCCUUUCCUUUUCCCCAUCUCUCUCUCUCAGCUUGUUGGCCCUGGUGGCUGCACCUUUUCGAGAUAUUCGUUUCAAAUUUCUGAAUGAUGUACCAUCCAAAAGCAUAGAGAAAUGAGCAGUAAAGUAGUGGUGACAUACAAGAGGAAGAGGCUUUUCUCGAGAAGUAAUUAUUCUCAAACAAAUCUGCAACCUGAUAGGCCUCCUGAGAUUGCAGAGUUGAAAACCUCGGUUAGUUUUGACAAUUAUAAGGUGUCAACUGCUGAACAUACAUUGCCAGAUAACAAAGAAUCUCGGGCAUGCCACGGAUAUUCCAAAGACAAAGAUGGAGACAAUAGCAAUAACAAUUCCACGUGUUGCAGUCAAUGUUCUAAGGCUAAUGAAUCUCAAAGGCUUUGCUCUGCAUGUAUGAAACAGCAAGAUUCUUUACUUUCAAGUCCAACUCCAGAACCUAAUCUUGAUUCUGCUGUUCAACCUAAUGCUAAAGAAGAACCAGCUGAUACUCAAUCAGAAUCACUUUUUCCAAAGUUGGAUUUGGAAUCUGAAGAUAACUGCAAGAGUGGAUUUCCAAGUGAAGAGAAUUGUAAUCCAUUUUCUGGAAUAGAAUCUGAUGUCGUUCGUUUGGAAGCUUCUGAUGGCAUUAAUUGUAGCCGUAAGACAAAGGAGACAUCUUUGACAAGAACACUUUCUUCAGACGGAGCCAAACUCAAUAAAGUUGAGUUAUGCAGUAAUUCAGUUACAAAGCGCAAGUUGGCCUCCUCAUUGAUUACAUUCUGUCGAAGAUUGAAGAAAAAUAGGGAUAAUGCUGCAAUCGAUACUGUGUCCGUUUGUGAGGAUAAAUGUGUGUCUGUGGAACCACUCACUGCUAGCUGCUCUGUUGAGCUGAUGAAUAAGAAGAAACCCACAAGUGAAACUGAUAACUCAUGCUCCUCUUCAGGUCCAGCAGCUGAAAUUGCUAUGCAAGUGGAUAACUCGCUACAUUCUCCACAUGGGAAAGCCAUAAACGGCCCAACUACCGUUGCACAAAAUUUUCAAGACUUGUCGAAUGUGGAUGUGAUUUGUAGAGGAAUGCCUAGCAAAAUUCCAGGAAUAAAAGGUUCCUCAUCGUCGUUGGAUUUAUCUAUUUCUCCACCUGGUAGUUUCUCACGAUAUAGACUGUAAUAUACCACCACUCGACUGUGCUUCACAUGAAAAUUACACACACAGACCUUUGGAAGAUCUUCAUGAUUGUCUCGGCUCAAAUAGUGAUGUCAGCAAGAACACAUCAACUUCACAAGUGACAUCUCUCAUCGACAAGGGAAAGUUUGUUGUAGAGUCCCUACCAGUGAAAAAUAUUCAGCAUGAGUUUCGAUUAUUCCCCGAGAAUCCAACCAACAUCACGCCCAACGUACUCCCGCCAAUCGGGCCCACUUUCAACCCUCCUUUGCACGAUUGGGCCCACUUCCAACCCCCUCGCGAAACUCUCCACGAUUUUUUCCCGCCAAUUUCCUCAAACCCCGCCAGCUCGUUAUCAAGUCACCUAAUGUUGCUCGACACCCUAUUGGCUCGAGCUAGGGGCAAAUUUGACUUUUCGACCACAUGGUCGGAGGACGAGCUCGACUGUCUUUGGGUGGGCGUAAGGAGGCACGGCGUGAACAACUGGGCCCGCAUCCUAACUGACCGAAAUCUGCAUUUCUCGUCAUGGAAAACAGCCCGUGACCUGGCGGACAGGUGGCAGCACGAGCAGCAACGCCUUUUCCAUGGUGGGCCCGCGAGAUUUUCCGGCCCUCCAGCGGGCUUCUCUGAUGGGGCCCGGAAGAGGCAGUAUGUGCAGUAUAUGAACCUUCUGAAAAGACGGCAGUUUCAGAAAAGCCCGGUUUUUUCGAACGGGAAUUUGCCUCACUGGCUAAGGGAGGCAGUUCAGCUCCCCCCAAGGACGUACGGUAAUCCUAAUCUGGAGCAACUGUAUGAAAAUACCAGAAAUGCCCCUGUUAUAAGGCAAGGCAAGCAGCAGACGAGCGACAAGCCGGGUGAUUUGAUUGGUGUCUCGAGUGAUGCCUCGUCUGAAGAGACGGUUUCGGAUGACCAUAGCAUUAGGGUUUAGCUGAGCUAGGGUUUGACUUUUGAGUUUUUUGUUUUUUUUGUUUUUGCCUGGUGUUGUUGUAUCUUUGUUAGUUAGGUGAGUUUGUGGUUCUGGGUAGUGAGGAUGUAUUAUAUAGUGUUGGUGUGAAGUUCUGUUGUAAGUUUAACUGCUGGCAACUUUUGUAAUAUGGCCCUGGUAACUUUCAUCAGUGUCAAGAUUAGGAGAGUGGUGGACAAUUUUGAAAUUAUGAAUGUUCAUUGUGUAUUGAUUUUAGUGCGGUGAGCUAUGUGAUAAAAUAGUAGGGAGACG